AUGAAGUUUGUCAGCUGUAUAGCGGUAUCCAAUGUCGUUGAUGAAGAGGCGCCAGAGGAUGUGGUGUUGUGUGAGAGUGAUUUGGGCGAGCAACGUUUGCCGGAAAGCGAGCAAGAGCUAAGUGAACUGAUGAUCGAGGAGAUCGUGAUUAGUGAAGGCAAUGAGAUCCACAAGAGACAAAAAAUUAGUCGUGAAGAUCUGAAGAUUUUUCCGGGGACAGAGAGGGAGAAGAGCUCGCUGAAGGGGGCGAUUUGGCACGAGUUAGUUAAGCUUUUGACCGGUCAUCGAGUCCAAUUGGACUCGGUGAAAGGCAGCGUGCAGUAUACGAGAUGGGUGUGUCAUGCGGCAGACGGGAAGACGUGGUAUUUAGCGAUGGAGAUGGAGGCCGGCGGGAUAGUGAGGAAGCUUGCGCAGUUAGACGUGCCGGCAGUCUCUGAGGGAGAAGUUGAUCUGUUUCAGAUGACGAACAGGCUGUUCGCUUCCUACUGCGAGUCUAGCGAUGCGGUGAAAGCGCUUCUUUUGAGGACGGCGGAGCUCGAAUCGUUCCUGAGUGAGCGGGAGAGCCUGGAGAAAGUGCGGCUGGAGAGAGACGAUAAGACUAGAAGCAUUAUGGUGAAUCUACUGAAUGAGAAGAAAACAAGAAUUGCACAGUUGGAGCAGCAGCUGGAGGAGAAAUGUCCUGUAUCCGGUCUGGGCGACAUACAGGACUCCGAGGUCAUCAAUAGAAAUGUCAGGGAAGCAGUCUCCGAGCUGAUCUCACCGGGGAAGAGGAGAGCUAGAGCGGAACAAAUGAAGGAUGACCACAAGCGGAAAAAGGUUAACAGAAAGUUGUUUCCUGAACCAAAAAUCGAACCAGCAGAUGAUUUUGACGACGAUUUCCAGUUCUUUGGUAUUACAAAAGUGAAGGAAGAGAGCCCAAAUAGCAACAGCACGCCCAAGAAACCAGCAGUCAAGCAAGAAUCACAUGAAGAAAGGCUUCACGAGACGGAUAGCCAGAAUAGCCACCCGAUCGUCGAUAGCAGGUCGACGAUCGGAGCUGAAUCACAAUCUGAUACAGAAGCGGAUACAGAGGCGGACACAGAGACCGAGGUUCCUAACGCGGGUGAACAAUCUCCUGCUAGCAAGUCAGAUCCCGAGUCCUCAUCUCAGCCAGACACAGAUAUCAGUUCCCCCGGCUGA